UAAAUGGACAAACCGGCUGUGGCGGGACAUUCAAGUGUCAUUGUGAGACAGAGCUGUGUUUUAAACAGUAAUAUUAUUAAUAAAAGAUAUGGAUUGUUUAGAUGUGGCUCGGAUUUUGCCAAAUUCACCACGAAGGGUGAGGGGACAAAUACAGGUUAUUUUUGGACCGAUGUUUUCAGGAAAAAGCACUGAACUGAUGCGUCGCGUCAGACGCUUCCAGGUCGCGCAAUAUUCCUGUUUGCUCAUUAAAUACGCAAAAGACACGAGAUACUCAGAUUCGGGGAUGGCCACACACGACCUGAGCAUGAUGGAGGCGGUGCCAGCGAACCGCCUGAGUGACGUCAGGACGCUGGCAAUGCAGGCCUGCGUCAUCGGCAUCGAUGAGGGCCAGUUUUUUUCAGACACAGUUGAGUUCUGUGAAGAGAUGGCCAAUAUGGGCAAAACCAUCAUCGUAGCAGCUCUGGAUGGAACUUUCCAGAGAAAGCCAUUUGGAAACAUUCUGAAUCUGGUUCCAUUGGCUGAGAGUGUUGUCAAAUUAAACGCCGUCUGCAUGGAGUGCUAUAAAGAAGCUGCGUAUACCAAGAGACUUGGAGCAGAGAAAGAGGUGGAGGUGAUCGGCGGCGCUGAUAAGUAUCAUGCCGUGUGUCGGCAGUGUUACGGCGGUCUCGUGGUCAAUAAGGAGAACUGUGAUCCUCAGAGAGAAGAGACGCCGCCACACCUGACACAAAAACAGCUGGACCGAAGCGCUCCACGCAAACUCUUUACCUCACUUCAUCUAUGAAAAUACUCAUGGAUACUGUAGUAAAAAUAUUAAUGUUACUGUGAGCCGUAUAGAUGGAAAUCAUUAUGGUGCACCUGGUUGUAUAUAAUAACAUCUUAGUUUUUAAUGGGUCCAGCAUUAUGUCUGCAUGUUUUUUUAUUUCGAAUGGUGAUUGAAAUAGGUUUGUUUUAUUUCUGUGUUCAUUUUAAAUGAUUUUAAACUAUUUAUAUUAGUCUGACAAAACAACCAGCUGAUGUUGUAAAACACUGCCAAGGAACACAUGUGAUGUGUUAGGAUGUACUUUUCAAUAAAAAAACUCAAAGUU